UGGCAUUUUGAAACACUGAGCCGACGGCCUCACUGCCCCAAAAAAAUAAACAAAAUCCGGCGGAGAAAGUGGCGAUAAACGACGCCCAGAAAAGCCGUAUAUUUGGGACGUCGAGAUGCGUGACUGGAUGCCGGUGCUCUUCUGCGGACUGUCCGUGCCGCUCUCGCUGUUCAUGUGGCUGGGCAAUGUGGCGGUGUCGAAGUUCUGGACCAGCGACUUUGAGGGUUAUCCGACAGAGUCCCGGGUGAUUCCGCCGGUGCGGUGGCUCUUCUCCACACUGGCGCCCUUGGCCCUGAUGACGGUGGCUCUGCGCCGGCGAAGCGUCAACCGAUCUGGAGCUGCGCUGGGCAUUCUGGUGGCCUUCAUCCUCUCCAUCGCCAGCCAUCCGUUCUUCGCCAGCCUGGUGGUGUUCUUCUUCAGCUCCUCGCGGGCCACCAAGUUCCGGGCGCACAUGAAACGCCGCUUCGAGAGCGAUUUUCGCGAGGGCGAGGGCCAACGAAACUGGAUACAGGUACUCUGCAACGGCGGCAUGGCCGCACAGCUGGCGUUGCUCUAUCUGCUGGACUGCGGCAGUGGUGAGCGAGCGGUGGACUUCUCGCGGGAAUACCGAUCCAGCUGGCUGGGUGUGGCCGUGAUGAGUGCGUUUGCCUGCUGCAACGGCGACACCUGGUCCAGUGAGCUGGGAUCUGUGCUGUCGCAACGCGAUCCAGUGUCUAUCAUCACCUGGCGGAGAGUGCCGCGCGGCACCAACGGUGGGGUUUCGCUGCCCGGCGUCGUGGUGAGCCUGCUGGGCGGCCUGCUCGUCGGAUUUGGCUACUUUGUCACCGUUCGUUACACAGUGGAGGCCAAAAUGCUGUUGGUUAGCCCACCACAGUGGCCCAUCAUCGCCUUUGGUGGCAUCGCUGGACUUUUCGGGUCCCUUUUGGACUCUGUGCUGGGUGGUCUGCUGCAGUUCUCCGGCAUCAAUGCGGAAGGCAAGAUUGUAGAUACACCUGGGAAGGAAGUGCGCCACGUGAGCGGACUGCGCAUCCUGGACAACCACAGUGUCAACCUGAUUUCCAGCAUCGUCACCGGCGUCACCAUUCCCCUCCUCGCCCAGAGAUUCUGGCCCGUGCGCUGAUUGUGGUUUUCAUCAGGAUAUGCGCGCUGCGGUAUUCACUAGCCCAAAUUUCAAAGGCUGCUUCGCAAGAUCAAAACCCAUGUUAAGCAUAAACCCAUGUUCAUAACGCCCUUUAGACAGGUAUAUACCAUUGUUA